CCCGAAAUCCCCGAGUUUUUGGAACUUGUUCUUCGUAAUUAUCAUACCAUCGAGUCUACCCUUCACCAAAAAGGCUUCACUAUGUUAUCUAGCAGAUCUUUGACUCAGGCGCUAUUUCGUACAGCAAAGGCCUCAAGUCUUCGCAAUGCUGCUUUGCCUGUUACAAGGGCAAUGGCCACUGUUGCCUCUGACCUUGUUAAACCUACCAAGUAUGGUGGUAAAUACACAGUUACUCUAAUUCCUGGCGAUGGUAUUGGUGCCGAGGUUACCGAAUCCGUUAAGACAAUUUUCAAGACCCACAAUGUUCCAGUCGAAUGGGAACAGGUAGAUGUUACCGGUGUUGUUACUGGUAACUCUCAUCCUGAAGAACUUUUCCGUGAAUCGGUUAAUUCUUUAAAGAGGAAUAAGGUCGGGCUCAAAGGCAUUCUGUACACCCCUGUCGAGCGUUCAGGCCAUCAAUCGUUCAACGUUGCUCUUCGUCAGGAACUUGACAUCUAUGCGUCUGUUGUCUUGAUUAAAAAUAUGCCCGGUUACGUGACCCGCCACUCUGACGUGGACAUGUGUAUUAUCCGUGAGAACACUGAGGGAGAAUACUCUGGAUUGGAGCAUCAAUCGGUUCCAGGUGUUGUUGAAUCACUCAAGAUUGUCACAAAAAUGAAGUCGGAACGUAUCAGCAAAUUCGCUUUCUCUUUCGCUACAGCCAAUCAGCGAAAAAAGGUCACCUGUAUCCAUAAGGCCAAUAUUAUGAAGUUGGCCGAUGGGUUGUUCCGCAACACUUUCCAUGAAGUUGCCAAGAGUUACCCUCAACUAGAAGUCAACGACUUGAUUGUCGAUAAUGCCUCCAUGCAGGCUGUUUCCAGGCCUCAGCAAUUCGAUGUCCUCGUUAUGCCCAACUUGUAUGGGUCUAUCCUUUCCAACAUUGGCGCUGCUCUAGUUGGUGGUCCUGGUAUCAUUCCCGGCUGCAACAUGGGAAGGGAAUACGCAGUCUUUGAACCUGGGUGCAGACACGUUGGUUUAGAUAUUCAGGGGCGUGAUGAAGCCAACCCUACUGCGUUGAUUCUUCCGCCGCUACCAACUCCUACUAUGAUGUUGAGGCAUCUUGGUCUUGACGACCAUGCUACUGGAAUCUCACAAGCAGUUUAUGAUGUUGUAGCGGAUGGAAAGGUGAGAACAAAAGACAUGGGUGGAAAUAACACUACUCACGACUUCACCGACGCUGUUUUGAAGCAGAUGGAGAGGCAAUAG